ACCACCUACCGCUACAUCGUCCCCCGAAACGUGUACUUCUCUGAUGCUCCAAUUGCCCUCAGCGUACAUACCUACGCCUGAUCCGCAUGCUACGCUUAAACGGUACACUGGCCGAACGCUUGAUCGCAUCAUUGGCUAUAUGUGGUGGCUUCUCACAGUGGCAGGAGCCGGGUCGACCAUUGUAGGGAUUUUCUCCAUGGUGGAAGGUACCAGCUUAAGAUGCAACACCCUGCGACUCUAGCACUCUGUAUGCGCAGCUGCAUUGAUUAAUUGAGGCUGCUUAAUAUAUUGUUGGGUUUUCAU